GUUAAAUCAAAACCAAUGUGUAGUAUACAGGGUGCUACAAAUUCGAGACUACCACCUGGAAUGCCAGAUCUUCGCACUUGCCUCCUAAACCAAAAACUCCAGAUGCUCAACUGUUGCCUGGAACGUAAAAUAGCCCGCGAGAAUGCCAAGUUCUUCUCCACAGAAGAUUCUGGAGAUUCUGAUGAGGAAUUCUUCGAUGCCAAUGAUGACGAAGUCGAUCGUAGGGAAUAUUCGUUGUGGGACAAGCCUGUGGGUAGAUUGAGCAAGUUCGGCGAAAUGAAACUGUUGAAAACGGGAGAUCCGUUAUAUAUUCCGUUUACGCAGGAUCCGGUGUUGAAAACUGAAGAUCAAUUGGAAGAAGAUACCGAUGUGCUUUUGAAGCUGGGCUCCGACCAAGAGGCCUCCGAAUUGAGGGCGCGAAUCAUGAGCGCCAGCCUCUUAUCCGAUAUGGAGUCGUUCAAGGCGGCUAAUCCCGGCUCGGUGGUGGAGGACUUUAUCAGAUGGUAUUCCCCUCGAGACUGGAUUGAAGAAGACAACGAAUUGGACGAGUUCGGACAGAAAAAAGGACAUUUAAGUCCUAGGAUGCAGCUGGAGGACAACAUUUGGGUGGAGAUGUGGAGAAACGCCAGACCUGUACCGGCAAAUCGACAAAAAAGGCUGUUCGACGAUACUAGGGAAGCUGAAAAGAUUUUACAAUUCUUAGAUUUCAGAACUGUAGGCCAAAUAGCCGAACUGGUCGUACCCAUCCUAACCCACAGCGCCAUCCUGCGUCUGAUAGACGAACUAGAGAGUCUACCCACAAUACCGUCCGAAGCUACAGCUCGCGUCUCAUCUCUGCUCAAGCAAGGUGAAAGGAUAACGCGCGACACCAAGCUGCAGCCGAAAAGGUUUGAGGCUUUCGCACAAGAUGUCGCCGAGUUGGAGGUCCGGAUAUCGCAAGUGAAUUCUUUAAAUUACAAGCUGAAUCCUUCAGGACAGGAGGACGAGGAAGUCAGUAGAGCCAUAGGCGAUCUAGUUUCGGGCCAGGAAAUAAACAUCCCCGAAAAAGACCGCUCCCAGGUCGGAUCCAGGAUAAUCUCCAUGUUCGCGGAUUGCCAACGAUUAGGAUCCGUCCCCCCUUCUCCAUCGUCAUCGUCCUCACCGCCCGACGAUCAGCCUGAUGCACUGAUGCCAGCCCCGCGCAGAGAGUUUGUGCUCAGGGCUAAUUGCGUUAGGCCCAAUUUGUAUUCGGCUAGGUGCCCGCAAUUCUUAAGGGUGAUCCUGGAUAAGAGGGAGUUUAGGUUAGUGGGUGCGUUCUCGGAAGACACUGCUUUCUUUUGAGGAGAGGAGAAUCAGUUUUAUAUAUUCAGAGAGAUUAUUCAGCAAUAUUUUUUAAGUAUGAUAAAUAUAAUAUAUUUGGAGAAUUACGUAAACCUAGAAAAUUAACCUAUAAAUAAUCAUUAUUGAAUGUAUAGUCAAUGAAAAUAUUACUAUGCCGAAGUCAGAUUAAAAUUUAAAAAGCACGUAGCGAUGCUUGGUUAGAUUGGAUUUCUUAUUUAACUUAUACUAAUGCAAUAUUAAUCUAUAGACAUCUAUAAUAUACCGGUCUGGUCAUCGAAACAGCGUGGUCUGGUUUUUAACGUGUAAGACAGUAAUGUAAACAGCUUAAAUGAAAAAUCAAAUAUAUUAAAAAGAGAUAAAAGUUAAGUUGAUACAUUUCUUCUAUGCGGUAUUGCCGGAUUUUGCAUCAAAAUUUCAAACCGUAUAGUAGGUGUUUAGGAAAAAUCAUCAUUUUGUUGCAUCUAGAGUUGGAACUUUAUUUUUCACAAUGGGUUACUCAUUUUACUACAGCUGUAAUAGAUUCUUAAAUAACUGUCUAACAGAAAUGAGCAUGAUUAAAUAGCUUAGAUAUAUUAUCUUCGUUUAUUAUUUUAUUUCUCGCACGAACCGGCAACAUUAUGCCGCUUUUUAUUUUGUCUCUCUUUGUCUGUCAACUGGUCGUAUAUAUUUAUCUCUGGCAUAUACAUUAAAGGAUAAACGACGCUAAUAAAGAGACAAGAACUAGUAUAUUAAAACUAUAGACAUUGAUUUUUGUUCUGGCCCAGCAUAGACAAGCUGUUGAUAUGCAGAUUAUUAAUAUUUGUUUUAGUAAAUUGUGACUACAGUGCAUGAUGUAGACACUAUUAGGCAAUAUUAAUAAAUAUUGCCUAAUAUUUAGGAAUAUUUUCUCUAGGUUUACUUCCUUCUCUGAGUAAAACUCAAAAUAUAUUUUACAUUUUACAUAAUUUUGGAAUAAUUUUAUAUCAAAAUAAUUAUAAUAAUUUUAGAUUAA